AUGUUCACAAACCUCUAUUCCCUCAAGUAUGAUGAUACCUUGCUUAGUUUCUUCGAGCUUGACAGUUCGAAAAUAAGUCUCCCAAGAAUCGUGGCUUCCUCCCAUGAAUCGGCAUUUGGUUCCUUGGCAGAGGGUUUUCUGCCAUGGUAUCAGAAUCACGAGCUGUCUUGGAGAUCAAUCUGUUGCAUUGAUUGGGCAUUGUGCCUUUUCACCGGAUUGAACGUCCGAAAAUGUACGAAAUUACCGCAGUCAGCACUGCAAUUGCGGCAGGCUACGCGAUGGGCAUCUUCGAAGACCCUCCAACUCUCGUUCCGCGAUGGGUUACGAGGAAUGAACAGAUCGAAUAACAUGGCAUUCGAAUCGGAAAUAACUGAAUCGGAAAGCUAG